UGUCAGAGUUAAACAAAUUUAACAAAACUAGAAUUUUGCAGUGCUCUUGAGUUUUUGGUUAUUAUUUCGAUAAAUAAUUGUAUACAUUUUGAGAAUUUUAGCCGUGAACGAGCACCGGAUUUCGGUGAUUGUUCACAGCACAAAUUCUUUUUGUUUUUCAAUCAAGUUGACUGAACUGUGCCCAUAUCAUGAAUUUCAUCGUGUAUGCUCCCUGUCCUCUAAUAUAUUAGUGACGUGUUCAUAUUAGGGAACCUAAUCUGGAACAAGAAAUGUGUUAAAUUAUACAGAGUGGUAAUAUUCCGAUUUAUUUAUAUUUUAUUAUUAUAUUAAUGGAACUGUGACGCAAUGUGAGGCCUUGUGACCCACAUUAAUUAGAAAUUGGGUCUAAGUCUUGGAUUACUUUAUUGCAUUGCAUUUCUUUACUACUAGCAUUGUGCUGAUUGACAUUUUCCUCAACCUUUGGUUGAAAUUAUUCUUAUUAAUAAAUAUACCCAAAACUGCUGUGGAGAACUAAGAUUUAUGAGAAACAAAUAAAAUAAAGUGAAACAUUCAGAGUACUAAAAUGUCUUUAAAGACAUUUACUUAGGUGCACUAAAUAAAAUCUAUGGGUAUUUAUAUAAAAAUGAUAAACAUAACAUUUUCAAUUAGUUAUAUCCCUAAAAUAAAUUAUUAAUCCAGUAACUUUGUCGAAUUUUGUAACCUGGCUAUUUUGCGUCAAAUCCGGUAGUUCUGAUUUUUUGCAGGCUUGUUUAUGAUGUUGGCCCAAUGAAUAAUCCAAGUUUGUGACCUCUAGCGCCGAACGCAACUUUGUCAAAAAUCGAAUAAACCGUAAUUUUUUUUAGAUUUCGGCGAUUAAAAAAGUUUUUUUUUUCAAAAAAGGCACUUAUACAUUUUUUAUGGAAUAUAAAUAUUUUGUAGAGCGUGGCGGUGAUGAAUUUCAUAUAAAUUACCUACCUAAUCCUUAUAUUAUAGCUAAGAACUGAUGUAAAAUUAUAAAAUUUUAAAAGGCCUUAUCUCGGAAAAUAUUAGAUGUACAGAGACAAUUCUAGUGUCUUAUUGUAGCAAAUUUAGUCUACUUUAAAAACGCCCUAGAAAGUUACUACCAAAAACUAGUACUUAGGGUUAUAAUCGCCGAAAUCUAAAAAAAAUUGCGGUUUAUUCGAUUUUUGACAAAGUUGCGUUCGGUGCUCAAGGUCACAAACUUGGAUUAUUCAUUGGGCCAACAUCAUAAACAAGCCUGCAAAAAAUCAGAACUACCGGAUUUGACGCAAACGCAAAAUGUAUAAUUUUACUGUAUUAUAUUACAUACUUACACAUUUUUUUUUUAAACUAAAUAUAUUUUUUUAAAAGGGCUUUUGUCAUGCACUGACUAUGUCACCUCAAAUAUAUAUAUUUUUUAUUGUAAGGUAUGAGAUGGGCAAGUGCCGGAAAGCAAAAUGCUGUUAUUGUGGUGACAGUAAAACAUUUAUUUUACCCAUGCACUACAAUCCAUUUUGCUUGUACAGACAAGGUAUAAAAUAACACAAAUAAAGUACUCAAAAUAUGUACACACUAUCUUAAUGUAUAAGGUUAUGUAUACAUAUUUUUGGCACUUUCUGUGUCAAUAUUUAACACCUUGACUGUAGGUACUCUAUCUUCAAGAUAUCUUACUAACUUGUAUUUGCACUCCUUUGCCGUUUGAAAUUCAUGCUAUAUGUACAGUUGGAAAAUCAAAAACAUAUGGAUGAGUAUUUACCAAGUGUUAAAAUUUUAUUUAAUUAUUAUCUGAGAUUAGACCUGUUUAUGCUUCGCAUUUGAGCUAACAUUUAUUGUGUUUUUUCUAGCCAAGAUUCCAAAUGCCAUCUGUUGACUGACAAAUAAAACAAACCAUGGAUGGUAAAGUAAAAUGAACAUCAUGGAAAUGAAUGGACAAAAUAAACACAUUUUAAUGGAUAUGUGAAGAUGACAAUAUCUUCAUAAUAACCUACCAACAUAAUUAAUGAAUCAUGUUGGCCCUGAGACUUAACAGAUGUCCACAGGGAGGGAAAUAUUUCCAGCAAAAGUCUUCAGAUCUGACGUUUCAGAGAACUAUUGAAAUUUUCAGUUGAGGGAAAAGUUGAUUUAAUGGCUCACCAACAUGAUGACCGCCGCAAGAGAAAAUCGUUCGAGACAUUCAGAACUGAAGAAGUAAAAAAUACGAAACAUAAAAAAAAAUAUUAUACAGAGGGCUAUUCCAGAAUGAAAGACUCUGCUGAGUCAAGGACACCACCGCUUCCCACCAGCAUGCCCACAAUGCCAACCAUGGAGGAACUCAUCAAACAGAGGGAAAUAUUACAAGAAGAAAUAAAUAAAAUAUCAAAAAAUACUGCAGAACAUUCUAAAAACAAUAAAUCUAGAACAUAUGACAAGAAAUCAAGAAAUACUGAAAAAUUUAGAGAACCUCAUAAAAAACGUAAAAGUGAAAGUCAAGUCAAUGAGUUGAAGAUUGAAGGUAAAAAACAACGUAAGCUUGUUGACAGUCCUCCUCAUAAUUAUGAUGAGAAUUCAGAAGAUGAGGAAAAUAUUAUAGAAAUCAGAAGAAGACAACGGAAACAACUAUUAGAAAAACUAAAAUCUGCAUAUAAAGAUCAUGCAGAAAAAGUAACUCAAAAUAUUAUUACAUCUCAUAAAACUUUCAAUGAUAACAACGAAAAUGAUCAGGAAGCCAUCAUAAGACCAGUUAAUAAAACUACUAACACUGAUGUAACCAAAAAAUCGACUGACAUGUUUGCUGAUAUGACUAAAGCAUCAACUGACAUGUUUGCCGAUGUAGAUACUUUUACACCUGAUAAUGUGCCCGCGGGCGUGACCAAAGAUAACAACAAUGACAAUCCUCAGCUGACCGCUAACUGGGACGACCCUGAUGGCUACUACAAUAUUAGAAUUGGUGACGUGUUGAACAACCGAUAUACUAUCAAAGAUACUUAUGGACAGGGCGUUUUUGCCAACGUAGUGCGAGCUCAAGACAAUACUGCCGCAAAUGCUGACGUAGCCGUAAAGAUAACAAGAAAUAACGAUCUAAUGAGGAAAACAGCUUUAAAAGAAAUAGCUUUCUUAAAAGAAGUAAAUGACGCAGAUCCCGAUGAUAAAUAUCACUGCGUAAAGCUGUUGCGCCAUUUUGUGCACAAAAGUCAUUUGUGUCUAGUAUUAGAGCCUCUACACAUGGAUAUGCGCGGCGUUAUUAAGAAGUAUGGUAGACAUGGAUUAAACUUGAAAGCGCUGGUGAGCUACAGUAGACAGCUUCUCCUGGCGCUGAGACAUCUAAAGAAGCUUGAUAUCAUCCACGCCGAUAUAAAACCAGAUAAUAUCUUGGUGAACGAGAAGAAAAAUAUCUUGAAGCUGUGUGAUUUCGGCUCGGCGGGUAAAGUUCACGAUACGGAACCCACGCCUUACCUAGUGUCUAGGUUUUACAGAGCCCCGGAAAUCAUUUUGGGUUUACCGUACUCGCACGGGGUUGACAUGUGGUCAACCGCGUGCACGAUUUACGAAAUGGCGGUAGGAAAAAUACUCUUCACAGGCGGCUCGAACAACAAAAUGUUGAAAUGCUUCAUGGACAUCAAAGGGAGAAUACCAAACAAGAUGGCGAGAAAAGGCAAAUUUAAAGACCAGCACUUUAACUACAACCAUAAUUUCCUCCUUCACAAAAAAGAUGAGGUUACGGGCAGAGAAAAGGUAGUAGAAUACAGCAAUAUCAAAGUAACUCGAGAUUUGGGGAAAGAACUUGGAAGGUCGAUAAAUGUUGAAAGAAAAGCUACCCAACUCAGAGAAUUGCUAGACAAAAUGCUUGCCUUGGACUCUGCUCUAAGGAUAUCCCCCACAGAUGCCUUAAAACAUAUUUUUAUCAGAGAAGAAGUGGAAAAAUAACGGCAAAAAACGGAAUAAAUGCAGGAAUUUAACAAA